ACCCAAAACCAAAAGGCAAGAAUCACUCAAGCAAGCGAGAAAACAAAAAACUUUCCUUAAAUCUCUCAAAACAUGGAGGAUUUCGAUGAAGACGUAACCCCAUUUUGGCUUCAAACCACCAACAACGGCCGCCGUCGCCAAUACCUCUUCUUCAACAUCGGUAUCCUCGUCAUCUUGUUGUUAGCCGUUGCUUUUGUCUUCAUCAUCAUCCCUUCGUUUCUGUCCUUCACUUCCAACAUAUUCAAGCCCCAAGUCGUUAAAAAAUCGUGGGCUUCCCUCAACUUAGUCCUCGUGCUCUUCGCCGUAAUCUGUGCUUUCCUGAGCAAAAACAACGGCGGCAGUGAUACCAAUGAGACGCCGAGGUCUUACAGAGAUUACAAAUUCUCUUCGACGCCGAAACAUGUUGUCGAUGACGAUGAUCGUGGCCGAAGAUCGAAUCCGGCGACUUCGGGUCAAUGGUACUAUGAUCCAUCGCCGUCAUCAGAUCGGACGGCGUAUAAUUCUUUGCCGAGGAUGAGGAGCAGCAGUUCGUAUCCGGAUCUGCGUCAGGAAUCCAUUUGGGUGAUGAACGGUGAUGAUCGGUGGAGAUUUCAUGAUGAUACCGGGUUGUAUAAUUACCGGAGUAAGUCGAGGCGAGAGCGUGAUGAAGAACAAGUUUACUUUAGUAAUUCAAAGGAUAUAGCUGUUGAUACUGUUCGUACUACACCGCCGCCGCAUCCAGCAACAGUUCCGCCACCUUUAGUAGCAGAAACAGAAGACUCGGCUCCGCCAGCACCUGAGUCGCCUCCGUCGCAGCCUACUAAGGUUGUUAGAAGGAAACCUAAGAGGACUUAUGAAGAUGUUCCACCUAGGGAGAGAAGUGAACGUAAGGAAAUCGUGUACAAUGAGAUGAAAACCAAGCAUUCUCUUCCAUCACCUCCAUUGCCACCGCCGCCAAUAGCUGAGCCGGAGAAGAGAAGUAAGAAGAGUGAGAAAAAGAGAGGCAGAGUAACUAAAGAAUUAUUAACUUCGUUAAGAAGAAAAAAGAAGCACCAAAGGCAAAGAAGCGUGGAAAACCUUGAUGAAUUCUUUAACCUCGAAACGCUUCCUUUAUACCCACCGCUGUCACCUCCUCCUCCGCCGCCCCCACCACCACUACCGUCAUUUUACAACAUCUUUUCUUCCAAGAAAAACAAAUCCAGAAGGCAUCAUCACAUAAUCCCUCCACCUCCACCGCCACCACCAUCAUUGGAGGCGCGUGCAUCGAAAAGAGAACACAAUAAACCACCCGUAAGGAUCAAGAAACCUCCAUUACCAGUCAAGAUAAGAAACGUCAACAAUGUGGAGGAAAGCAUCGAAAGUGGCAAUGAUUCGCCGUUCAAUUCAGUCCCUCCGCCGCCUCCGCCUCCACCAUUUAACAUGCCGGCGUGGAAGUUCGAAGUGCACGGUGAUUUCGUUAGAUUGAAAAGCAUCAACAGCUCUCGAAGCGGAUCACCUGAUUUGGAUGACCCAUUGAGCCGUGAAGCGAGUCCAUCGGAUGGAAAUAAAAGCGGCGGCAUCGACGGCGGAGAAUCGACGGCAGCAGGGCCAUUGUUUUGUCCAAGCCCAGAUGUUAAUACCAAAGCUGAUAAUUUCAUUGCAAGGUUCAGGGCUGGCUUGAAGCUGGAGAAGAUAAACUCCGUCAAAGGAAGGUCUAAUCUCGGCCUUGAUCCAGGCCCAAGCACUGUGUAAGAA